AUGAAAACCAUUCUGGAAGAUCCUGAAGGUUUCGUUGAACAAGGCGGUUGGUCGUUUAUCUCACCAGAAGAAGAUGACGAUGACGAUGAUGACGACAGUGAGGAGGAGGACGAGAACUACGCUCCCUCCGAUGGGGAUCUUUCUGGUGAUGGUGAUGAUGACGAUGGCAGUGGCGAAGACCAGUCAAGUGAUGACGAAGACUGGGAGGCAGAAGAAGAUACCGAUGAACCAGAAAGUCUCGACUCUGAUGAGUCUGAAGGAAAAGAUUGGGACGAACUUUUGGAGCAGGCCAGAAGAGAGGAUGCAAACAACCAGUUCCUGAACGAAGAGGAAGAGGAACGGACUCGAAAACGACCGCAUCCUCCUAGCAAGUCCUCCAAGAGUUCCGCGCCAAAGAAAAGCAAACAUCAUCGCUAA